UCAGGAUUAAAGCAUCUGGGAGUGGGGAUGUGUUUACUACUCUAGCUUUCCCAGCUGGCUUCUCCACCCUUUCAUUGUCUUCCUGCUCAGACUUACUUUCAGUUCCCCCUAAUGAUUUUUGGGUGUGGUGUCUUGGGCUCUUUCUUGGCACCCCAAGUUUUGCCCCUCUGGUUUAGAUACCACCAGAUACACUGAAAGACCUACUGAGGGCCUGAAGGACCCAAGUCAUUUUGAAUCAUGAGAAGGGACCAUCAUUGUGAUCAGCAGUCUGAUACUAUCAUUUACCAUUUUUCUUUUUGAAAAUGUGGCUGUUUACUCAUCUCUGGACUUCUAUCACCUCUGCCAUUUCUCAUCAUUCUUUUCUGACAAGAAACUAUUCAGUCAUGGAUAAAGAAUAUCUAUAUGUCCAGGAAAAGGUAUCCUCAGUAUCCUAAGUCUAUCAAUUUAGCCACUUUCCUCUCUACUGACCCUGAAGAUCCAGUAUUGGGGAAGAGAUGGCAGCGAACACUAGACACAGACUAGUCCGGUACUUAGGGGAAUUGAAGGAAGAGGAGCUAAAGACAUUCAAGCUGCUGCUGAAAAAUUAUCUUCCAGGGAAAGAAUUUUUAAAAAAAAACUAUCAGAACCAGUUAGAGAAAGCUGGUCAUAUUAAAAUGGCCUCCAUUAUAGUCAAUAUCUUUGAUGAGCAGAGAGUAUGGGAUGUUGUUAUCAGAAUCUGGGAGAAGAUGGAACUGAAGGAGAUGUGUGAAAGAGCAAAGGCUGAAGAUCCUCUGAUGGGUAACAGAAGAAAAUAUAUAAACAGAAUGAGAGAAAAAUUCAGUCUUGCUUGGGAUGGUAGCUCUUGUCUCAAAAACCUUGGAUACUUACACAAGGAAUUCAUACCUCUUCUGCUUCUAAGUAAAUCCAGAGAACCUGAGAAUAUAUCCAUGGAAAAUAGACAUAACUCAGUCAUGACAAAACAAGCACACAUAAUUGACAUAACAGCAUUAUUUGGGCCUGAUAAGAAACAUGUUCCACAGACUGUUGUGCUACAUGGUGCUCCUGGAAUUGGGAAAACAAUACUGACAAGAAAGAUAAUGCUAGACUGGGCAAACGGAGACCUCUUUCAGGACAGGUUUCGAAAUGUUUUUUACCUGAACUGCAGAACACUAAACCUUAUGUCAGAGAUGAGUUUAGCUGAUCUGAUUUCCAAAGAUUGGCCAGACCUCCAAGUACCCAUAGAGGCAAUUAAGUCCAAGCCAAAAGCACUCCUUUUCAUUAUUGAUGGUUUUGAAGAACUGAAGUGGCCGUUUGAGGAACCUGAAUCUGAACUAUGUCACCACUGGAAGGAAAAGCAUCCAAUGCCUAUCCUCCUGGGCAGUUUACUAAGGAAAACAAUAUUUCCCAAGUCAUCCUUACUGAUCACUACACGGCCCUCGGCUAUGCGGAUGCUGAAGUUCUUACCAGACAAGCCACAUUGUGUAGAGAUUCUGGGAUUCACUGAAGCUAAUAUUGAGACAUAUAUCUCUAAGUUUUUCAAAACUGAAGCUAAGGUGCUAAAAGCCCUCAGUGUGAUAAAAGCCAAUGACACUCUGUGGAAUAUGUGUUCUGUCCCCCUGGAGUGCUGGAUUGUCUGCACUUGCCUGAAACAGCACAUGGAAAGAGGAGAAGAGCCCAUGUUGAUUCCCCAAACCACCACAGCUCUCUAUGUGUCUUAUCUUUCUUUCGGAUUAUCUAAUGAUGGGAGCUAUCCAAGUCAGCACCAUGACACCCAACUGAGAGGCCUGUGUUCUUUGGCUGCAGAGGAAUUCUGGGGAGGGAAGUCCACAUUUGAUAGAGAUGACCUUGAGAGACAUGGGUUAGAUGUGUCUGAUGACUCUGCUUUCCUGGGCAUGUACAUUCUUGAGAAAAAGAAUGGCUAUAACAACUGCUACAGUUUCAUUCACAGGAGAUUCCUGGAAUUUUUUGCUGCCAUGUUCUAUGUGCUAGAGGAAGAGAAGGAAAGAACAGAUGAUCCUAUCUUUGGGAGGGGUAUAAAAGAGCUACUGGAACAGUACAGAGAAUAUGGCACAGAGGUUUUCAUAGUGCGUUUCCUUUUUGGCCUAUUGAAUGAAGAGACUGUGAGAGAGCUGGAAAGAAAUUUCACCUGCCCAAUAUCAGAAAGAGUGAAAGCAGAAUUACUACAAUGGAUAAUUGCAGAAAGCAAUGUACAUAGGACUAUGAAUCCUCUACUGUACCCAGACCCUUUGGAAAUGUUUCACUGUUUAUAUGAGAUUCAGAAGGAGGCACUGGUGAAGCAGGCAAUGGAAUAUUUCCCAAGAAUAAGAUUAUCUCUUCACACGCAAAAGGAUGUCCUUGUCUCUAUAUUCUGCAUUAAGUUAUGCUGUAGUGUAGAGGGAAUGUGGCUGCAUGUCAGUCAAACUUUGGCUCUGAUGUACAGUUCUCCUCUCAUCCUCAGUCAAUGGCAGGAGCUUAUCUCCAUACUCAGCCAUAAGCAAAGCCUGAAAGAAUUGGAACUAAAUGGCAGUUUCCUGGAUGACAGAUCAAUGAAGAUAUUUUAUAAAGAGCUAAGACACCCUAACUGUAAACUGCAGACCUUGAGGCUCCCUCUCACUGAAUUAAGCAAAGACAUGAAAAAAGAUCUUGAAGCCCUGCUGAAGACAAAGCCUUCCAUAAAAAAUAUAGAGACAAUUCCUGAUGUUGACAUGAAAAAAGAGAAAUGUCAUAAUUCUCCACAGGAGCAUCAGAAGUCCAGACCAGGAGAAGGAACCCCACAAACAAAGCCAGAAGUGACUCCCUCACUAUCCCCUUUUGACUCUUCAAAAGAUAAACAGUUAGAUCUGGAGAGGUGCCACAAUAAGUUCCUGGGACCAAAUGGACCAGUAAAUCUUGAACUGAUAGAUAAGAACAGAAACAUAUACAGAGUUCAUUUACCCAUGGCUGGCUUCUACCACUGGCCUGAUGCUGGACUUGGUUUUUCUGUGAAAAGUGAGGUGACUGUUGACAUUGAAUUUGGUACCUGGAAUCGGCACCUGGAUUGGACUCAGAAGCAAAGCUGGAUGAUUGCUGGUCCUCUAUUUCAUAUCAGAGUUGAUCCUGAGGUUGUGACUUCCGUGCAUCUCCCUCAUUUUGUAUAUCUCCAAGGAGGAAAAUUUGAUGUCUCCUUGUUCAAAAUUGCUCACUUUAAAGAGGAGGGUAUGGUCCUGGAGAAUCCAACAAGAGUGGAGUCAUCCCAUGCUAUCCUGGAAAACCCAAGCUUCUCUUCCAUGGGAGUUCUGCUGAGAAUUAUGCAUUCUACCUUUAAAUUCAUUCCCAUUUAUUCCACUACUCUGGUAUACUGCCAUCUCAGGGAUGAAGACAUUACACUCCACCUGUAUCUGAUCCCCAGUGACUGUACGAUAAGGAAGGCUAUAGAUGAAGAAGAGGCAAAGUUCCGUUUUUCACGCUUGCAUAAGCCAUCUCCAGUAACCCCACUCUACAUUGGCUCUCGUUUCUUAGUAUCUGGAUCAAAACACUUGGAAAUAAUGCCUGCAGAACUGGAACUCUGCUACCAGAGUGCUGGGGAGUGUCAGUUUUUCUCUGAGAUUUACUCCAGCAAUGUGAAGGAGAAAAUCAGUUUGGAUCUGAGACACCCAAAUGGGACACUGGUGUGGGAGACACUGGUGAGAUCAGGAGAUCUUGGACUUGCUUGUGCCCCAGUCUCUUCAGGUCCCACAGGACUUCACUUUGUUGACCAACACAGGGAUCAGAUAAUUUCACGGGUAACAGCGGUGGACAUGAUCCUCGACAAACUUUACAGCCAGUUCCUCAGUAAUGAGGAGUAUGAACACAUCCGGGCAGAGAAAACUAACCCUGAUAAAAUGAGAAGACUGUUUAGUUUUAGCACAUCUUGGGACAGGAAUUACAGAGACCACUUGUAUAAGGUCCUAAAAGAGACACAUCCUCACCUAAUAAAUGAAAUACACAAUACUGACAAGGCAUCAGUGAAAAGGCCACUGGGGGCUAAUAACAUUGCCACCUCUCCUUAUAAGCUAAAUUAGGCUAAUGUCCAGUUACUGAGCAGCAGCUGAUGAAAAUUUUUACAAAGUUCAAAAAUUGACUAGAGUAAUGUAGAGCACAAGACUGUGGUUUAUGUUGAAAUUUAAUUAGAAAUAUCAAUAUUUUCACAUUUUAAAUAAUCUUUCAAAUUUUUCAGUAAGUUUGUAGCAUUUAUACUAAAGGUUUUAAAGUUUAAAACUGUGCUAAAACUUUUGGGACAUUCUGUAUAUAAAGCAGAUACAAGACAACUUUGGAAAGGAAUACACUAGCAGUUGGGGAAGCAUGAAAAUCCUAAUGAGCUGAAUCUUAAAGGUGAGAAGAUAUAGCAAUUCAGGCAUAGGGUGGGGGACAGUCAGUACAAAGACAAGGAGGGUGACACAAUGUGUGGGGGAACAGCAAAUAGGUCACAUAGCUGAACUUUAAUGUGAAGAGGAGCAAUACAUAAGUAGGUUGGAAAGGUAGGAUGUGGUCAGGUUGUGAAGACCUUUAAAUGCCAAAAUGAGGAUUUUAUAUUUGAUCCUAAAGGUAGCAGGGAUCUACUGGAGUUUAAGUACAGCAGCUGUGUGGUCAAAUCUACAGUUUAUGAAAAUCAUUUUGGCUGCUGCAUGAAGAACGAAUUGGAUUGGGGAGAAAUGUGAAGCAGAAAGACUAGUAGGAAAAUAUUUCAAUAGGCCAGGUGAGAGGUGACAAGGGUUUUAACUAGGGUGAUAGGUGAGUGGAGUGAAGGGGACAUAUAUAAGAGUUUUAUAGGGACAAAAAUGAGAUUCAGCAAUCUAUUGCACAUGUGCAGGAAGAAAGAGGAGCCAAGAAUGAAACUAAAGUUAAGAAAUUGGGUAACUGGAAAGAUGGUCAUCCCAUCAACAGUAAUAAGUUUAUUAAAAGCUUGAAUUUGAGGUGGGGAGGGCAGACAUAAUGAGUACUUUUUGUACAUGCUGAAUUUGAAAUGUCUACAGGAGAGCUAAUUCAAAAUGCAAAAUAAAAAGCAACUGAUGUAGAAAUUCA